AUGCAAAUGGAACCAUGGCGGAAACGAGGGUAUGUCCCAGACUCAGACGAGGAGGACGAAUUCGAAUCCCUAGAAUCGAAUAACGAGGUCGUUAACGAUACCGGUGACCAUGAUAUCGAUCUCGAGUACCUUCCUGUUACGACGUCAGCAACUGUGCUCGAGUCCAAGGGCCCCGCCGAGGGUCAUAAAGAGAUCGAGGAUAAUGACUCGACGACUCUUUCUGAUACAGAGGAGGCUCGACGUGGCUCUGUAGAGCUUCUGACAAGCCCUGCCGUCAUCAGGAAGGUAUAUACGAAAGAGCUGGAUUUACCAUCCGAGGGAUCUGCGAAGAAAUCCAAAGAUCAUCCGAAGGACCGUCCACGGAGUGCAUCUGUUGAGGAGGAGACACCGAAACCACGUCGACCAACUAAUACUUAUGGGAAACGAUUGUCGAGCGGGAAGAAAAUAACCAAAGACUUGAAUGACAGAAAUGGCACACGAGACCAACUACCACACCAAGAUGAUACAAUUUGGGAUCUUCCUAGUUCCCCCGCUGCACCCAACUUGUCUUCCCGGAAAGCACGACGCCGUGGCCGUCAAUCGACCCCAAAAGUUUCUACUCCCACGAAAACCCCUCAGUCUUCUGCUGUUCUGCAACAAAAGCUUCAAGACUCCCAAUUACUGGGUCAUGAUGCAAGAUCCCGAAGCUCCUCGCCAGACGAGCUAAAUGUAGUCGAAGAGCCAGUCCCCCAACGACGCCCUGAGAAGGAAAUCGACGAGCCAGAAGAACCUCCGCUAGAAGAUUCAGAAAACGAUUCACCAUUGUCCUCGGCGCCUUUGUCUAUACCCUCUCUUGAAGAGGAUACACCAGAAAAAGCCACUGCGGUCGAAGAGGAACCCCGGCAAAAGACUCCCGAGGUGCUUGUGUCCGAAAUUGAUACUCCACAAGAACUUUUGGAGGAGAUCCAGGCGGCUCAACCGGCAGGAAGAAUAUUUCGAGAACGCAAUGCUAUCCAAAUCCAUCCGUAUGAAUUAGAGAAGGCCAAAUACCAAAGAUUGAUGAAGGAAGGAGGCAUUCGACCUGUUAGACCAAUUAUGGAAGAGGAGAGAAAGCGAGCCAAAGAAGCUACAGACGAAAGCCAAGAACAAGAUGAAUUCGAGCCCUUCCGUUCAAGUCCUCCUCCCGAAGAGUACUUGCCUCCCGAGAGACCUGAACGCCGUCGCGAAAGAGACAACUCGCCUUCGAAAUCUGCCCAUGUCAUCAAACGAAGAAGAAAAACACAGUAUGGAACUUGGCAUGAUGCUACAUCAGAAGUUGGCACAAGACCCCAGGUGAUAAUUAAUAAUUCAACACCUCCUAGAAAAGAUCCGAGAACGCCAGACUCAGGUAUUUCAUCAGCGACACAGACACCGCGUGCUGCAGAUGGGUUCCGAUUUCCUCCAGGGUUCACACCACCUCCGACUACAACGACAGCUGCGGGUUCAAAAUCAGCUACCCCAAGGGUCGACGAACAACCGAAUGCCGAACAGAUAGACUCAAAAGCUGCUUCUGACGAUAGUGAGGCCUCUGAUUCCUCUCAAGGCUCAUAUACGGCCCCUGGUGAAACUGCUGAAGAGCGUGAGAUCCGAAGGAUUCAGCGUCAAACUAAAGGUGUCCUCCCUGCAUCCUGGGUCCGACUUGAAGCGCGACAGCGUCUUGAACAACAAAAAGCAUCGCAGCAGAAUCGAAAUGUGGCUACUCAGCGGGCUGAUGCGAAAGGUGUUGCUCGAAAGAUUGUGCGCAAAUCUGGACAAUCUGGCAGAACAAUAUCUUUUGUCGAUCUCGAGGACUCAGAUGACAGUGAAGAUGAGGGUCGCAAUCGCAAUGCGGAUGAUCAAACUGCUGAGAAGGAUGAUGGCGGGAGCAUGUUCGCCUCCCAAGCCCCAUUUAAUGAUAAUGAUGCAGGUGAAAUCAUGGAAGAUAACCGAGUCGACUACAUGCUUCCGACUGUUCCACGUCAAUAUUCCGCUUCCCUUGACAGACGGAAAAGCUUGAAGCGCCCUAAGCCCAAGGAAAGCGCACAUGAAAGAGAAAGAUUGGCGAAGAAGGCUCGUUUGAAGCGACAGACCAGGCUUACUGAUGGGUCCUAUGGGACUCGACGGACGAAGAAGUCAUCAUCACGAUCUGCUCCGCGAUUAGGCAUUCUCGAUGCACCAGAUGUAGCAUCAAGGCCACGAGAUGAGCAGCCGCUCUUUCUGAGGGUUGCCGCGAGGGGUGUCCGCUCACGUCGAGAUGCAGGCAGGCGAAGUCCGACCCGAAAGUUCAUUCAAUUGAGCUCUAAGGUUGAUACAACUGAUGCAAAUCAAGCACUGCAAGAAUGGAAGCGAGGCAAAAUUCGACAAUCUAAAAAUGUUCGACCUCAAUCAAAGCCUCGCAAGUCGCGCCCUCUUGCAAAUCUGUCUAGUCGGCGUACUCAAGCUCGGCAAGUUGCCCAGCAGACUCGGUAUCCUGAACAUGCUCCAGAUUCUGCACCCAGAGAGGUUGAUCCAAUCAUGGUGGACGAUGAGGAUCAUAUUCAGCAAGAGAAUGUUUCAGCAAAUGUGGCUGCGACGCCUGUUGAGAUGCCACAAAAUCGACAAGUAGCAGCUGUUCGGCCUUCACAGCUAGAGAAACAUGGUCACCAAUGGGUUGUUAGAAGAAAUAUUGCCAUUUCAUCUUUACAUCGCAACACUGCUCGCCCGUCUGCGACCAGUCUGGCAGGACCUAGCGGUAGCCAAGCCGCAUCCAAGACCAUGUUUAGUCGAUCGUUGACUCUUCUUAAUCGAGAUUAUCGACAACAGCAUAAGUCUCAGACUUUCAAGCCUAGCCUGACACUAGAUCGGUAUAUUUCUGAUGUUGGACCUUUGGGUCCUUCUACAGAUGGUCCGACGAAACAAGUGCCAACCCAGAUAAAAGAUAAACAGCCAACCAUACAGCAAUGGCAGCAACGAAGAAGAUUGAAGAAGAAGCCCACACCCCAGCGAAUCAACAUAGAUGCAGAAGAAUUUCACCAAGAUGAAUCACAGGAUUUCAAUGCAACAAAUCUAGAGCUUUUGACUCCUGUUUCAAUGACUCAACCCGUGCCAUCAUCCCGUCCUGCUGCUUUUGGCGUAGGCGGAUUAUUCAACUGGCAGUCGUCGUAUGCGCUCGACUUUGGCAUCGCCCCCUUGCGACAUGGUGUGUUUUUCCAUGAAUCCACAUUCAUUGGGAGCGGCGACUUCUCUCGGUCCUUGCAAGUUACCAAAAGGAAUUUAGAUCAAAAUUCGAGGUCAUGUUCAAUAAUGAUAAAGGAUCAGGUUUUCCAAUGGAGCUCCUGGAACGAGAACGUCUCUUCACAAAUGGGCUCGGUGUUUGAAAGCAUGGUUAUUGAACUCGAACAAUGCACGAAUGCCCCAGAAAUGAGUUUAGCUCAUUCUCUGUCUUCCGCUUUACUUGCGUACCGAGCAAUGAUUGUCUAUGUGAAUGAUACAUUAUCAUUCAUUGAUCCUACUGAUCGAAAAGCCUUUGUCCAAAGAGCCAUGGGACUUGUUUCCUGGCUCGGAGAACCGAUAUCUGCUUUCGUCGCCAGCGGGAGAGAUGGUCAGAAUGAAUUGGUUAUGCUGGCAUGUUAUAAUCUGGUGUUCGCAAACCAAACGCGCCAGAUAGCCGACGGUAAAUUCGUUGAUCACCAGCUCUCUAAGGAUGCAUUGGAUCUUGUCAAAGUCUCUGCAAAAAAUGUCAUUUCUCUGGCAUUAUCCAAGGCUGGAAUCGCGAGUGUUCAGAUUUUUUUGGAGGAGACCAAGAAGCAGGAAGAGCGGGAUGCAGGAAUUCGGGAUGACUUCGCUCCGGUUACUGCAUUGGUUGUUACUGAGCAGCUGUUGCGCAGCUCAGAAUCUUUCAAUGGGGUUCUUGCUGAUACUCAGAUCGAUGUGUGCACAAAGGGUCUUAUUCGAAACCAGAAGGAUGUUGCCAAUCUGGAGUCUGCGUGGCGUGAUCUUUUCUUACUUCAGCCUUUCAUUGAGAUUGACCACCAUGGAAUAGCACGUCAUGAUUCUCGCUUUAAGAUACCGCAUCAAAACUGGUUUCUAGUCAAAAAGCUCUUGUCACCUGCACUGGAUAAUGCUGAUGCCAAUUCAGCUAUGCAGCCUAUUUCUUUCAAUUCCUAUUGUCGAACAAUUUUUCAACGAUGUCACCGUCUCAUAAAUGCUUGGGGAUGGGGAGAAUGCAAAGCUAUUCUUGACACACUUUACGACUUUUUUGCUCUGAAGACUUUAUACAAUUUAAAGCUCGAGGAAAGUCGUGGGUCUCCUGCCUUUCUUGAUGAGCUGGAUGGGACGCCCUCACUGGAUAUUCGACCUGGGGAACCGUGCUUUCACACCCUACUGAAGAUCAUUGCUACUGGUCUUCGCUUCUUGGCUUUAAAAUACGACGAGAAAAAGAUUCGCAAUUUUGCCUGGCGUCUCCUUCCAAAUCAUGGUCGUGUUUAUCCAAAAGAAAAACCUUUGCGUCAUGAGGACUUGGAUGCUUUGAGGAAUCACCACGACUUGCUUUGUACCUUGUACUGGGCUGUCCCAGAAGUGUGCAGACCUCGACUAGAGACGAUUCGAAACCUCGUUCACCCAGCUACUUCGCAUCAGGAAACAUGCAGCAUCAACAUUCGAUCGUGGAUAAGGCUCAUCAGAUUCAAAAUGUCAACAAGUGAGGAAGUCUCAAGCUUGGAGCCCUUUGCAGAUUGGCAUAGCUACUUCAUGGCAGAGCUCCAGCAACAGCAUUCACAGGCUCGAAGUGAGAUUGAAGCACAGAGCAAAAGCGACAAGUUUGCCUCGAAGGAACUCGUUGAGAGCCUCAUCUCCCAAAACCAGCGACAGAUUGAAUCCUUGUUGAGCAUGGGUCUUUCUGGACUACGAACUGCUAUCGAACUUGCUCCUUCACUCGAACAUGCGCACAAAGUGAUUUCGAAGACGCCAUUUGAUUCUAUUAUUGGGCUGUUCAACCCGAAAAUCCCAAGAGUCAACACUGUGGUCUCGGAAGCCCUUCAAGUGAUAAAGACCUAUGUUAACAAAGAUUCUGCUCCCCCUGUUGCAAGUGUGCCCAAUGAUGCCCCUGUGGCUAUCGAAGAAGAUAGUCAAGAGUUUGAAGGUCUUGAUGACUGGAACGACAUUGAUUCUGUACUUGUUCAACAGAGUACUACACCACGAGAAGAAAUUGAGCAUGUGCAGCGAGUCCUUUAUCCUGUUGUUUUUCGCCUCCUCUCUAAUUGUUUCGGUGCGGACAAUUCGCCUGAAGAUGCAAUUCUCUCGAACGUGGUUGAUGCUUGGGCUUCAAUUGCAAGUGCGCUUGUUCGCCAUGGGAUUCAGCGCUGGGAUAACUAUCUCAGUCAUUUCGGAGAUCGCUCAUGGGCCCAGCUUCGGCCGACGAUCCAGACUCGGAAAUAUGCAGCUCAAUUCCUGGCAUUGUGUAUUGAAAAAGACUUACAGAUCCUUGUUGAGAGUCGGAACCUCGUCAUGGGCAUCUGGAUGGCAUCCUUAGUAGAACGCGCACCAAUGCUCAAGUUUCAACACCGUCUUACAGAGGCGCUUCUCAACGGUAGACCUGACGACUUGAUUCUGAAAAAUCUGCCGUUCGUGAAAGACCAAACAGACGACAGAUAUCAUGUUUCCCUACAAGACAUUGGCCAGCGCCGUGUUUCUCUUAUCUCCAGUGUCCUUUCAAAUAUGCGUGAGCAUGUCCUACAACUAGAGGUCUCAGGCAGCCGAGAGUUGUCGAUUACAAAACAAGAUUAUUCCGAGCUAUUGGAGCAGAUGAUGACCGCAAUGAAAGAGAACUACCGUGAGCUAGGCAAUGGAGCGGUGGAAUCUGCUCAGGGCGCCUAUGUCGAGUUUGUGCACCGCAUCAUCCGGUUCCUCCAAGAACUCACCAGCGACAUUCGACCCGUCGACCCCUUCUUCACGAACCCCUCCUCAUUCCCUCUACCAUCUACAGACCCAGGUUACAUUGUUGCCAAGUUGAAACGCUAUGAGCCGAAGCUGUCUUCCAACAAGGAGGUUCAAACCUUGACUAUGUUUGUUCAAAGCAUCCUCGAACGAGCAACGGUGGAACGUCAACAAAGCAACUUAGUCAAUCAGCUACACACUGCUUUGAAAGGUACCUACGAGGCUGGACGGACUGAUCGACCCACCCUUCGUGCUGUCCUUUUACAGUGUGUAUUCCCAGCGUAUCUCGAGUUGUCUUUCAGCACUCCUACCGCUUGGCUUUUGAGCAGACCCAUUAUUCAGAGCAUCUCUCUUGUAUUCAAGGAUCUUCUUUUCAGCCUCAAUACCUAUGACCCGGCUUGCGUCACCUCUUUACUCAGAUCUUUCGAUGCGGUCUUUCAGUCAUUGUAUCGUGCUCUCCGGCCCUUGACUGCCUACCCAAGACGAUUCAAAGAUCCUGUUGUCUUGUCAAUGCUCGCCGAGUUUCUCAAGAUGGUAUCUACCUCACUCCCUGUGAUUGACUACCUCGACCGUAGCACCGAUCAGGCAGCGAGUGUGAUAUCUUAUCUUGAAUGGCUUCGAGAUCUGUCCACUGCCGUCUCAUUAGAGUUGAACAACCCUAUUUCGGGACCUGUGUCUGACAUGAAUAUUGCUGGCAUUCCCGCCUCAGAUCUCAACUCAAGUAACCUGGGAACUGGAUUACCGCAGCAUCUUGUGACGGGCCGACGCCUUGCUUUCGAAGAUCACCAGUCUUAUCUUAAGUACUGGUCUUUUCAUGACAGCAAGUAUUACUACAGUCGUCCUGGCCAUGCCUCGAAGGAGGUCACUUUAGAUCUUGAAAUUGUCGCGGUGGUUCAGAAUGAGGCAGAAGCGAGGAGAGUGUUUGAGGAUGCGAAAGAUGAAUAUUUGGAUUUUAUUGAUCGAUUGGGACUUUUGUCUGGAUGA